AUUCAUUCGUAUUAUAUCCAAAAAAAAUCAGUUGGGUAAACUUUGCUAGCAUUAAGCCUGUCCUUGGAUUAUUAUUUUUGGUUCCUUUUAUUGAAAGUUGGGAUACUGCUUGGAUAAUUUACAAAAGCAUAAUCUUUGUAUCUGCAACAUUACAAGCCUACUAUUUUAUCAUUUUUCUUUUCCACAUUCUGGAAACGUACAAAUGGAAGUUGAAGGAAAUGAAUUCGCUAAUGAAAAAAUCUAGGAGCAUCUUGACUCAAAACAUCAUAUCCGAGAGUUUUUUCGAUGAACAAAUUGAUCAUUUAAUUUUGAUGAAGAGGUCAAAUAGAGACUUCAAUAAACUAGGUGGAGAAUUUAUCAUCAGAUAUAUUGUUGUAUUCUGCUUCAAUUUGUUUCACUGUGUGGUGCAAUGUGAAUACUCGUAUAUUUUGACCGUGAUUGCUUUUUUGCCAGGUUUGACUUUCUUGAUCAUUGAAUGUGAGGAAGUAAUGAUGUUGAGUGAAAAGCUGUUGCAGCAGAUUAUUUGGAAUUUACAAUAUCAAAUAACCCACAACAGGAAGUUCGACUCAAAAAAUGUAAAAGCUUUGAUCAAAUUCAGGAAUGCUCUGAAAUUAUAUAAAAUGGAAUUCUCUUGCAAUGGCUACAUUAACUUGGAUCACCAGUUGAUACUUAAAAUAAUAGAAAUGAUUACUACAAUUAUCAUAAUAAAAUGUCAAAUGCCCAAAUGAAAAUAAAAAAUUUG